CAAAGGCAUAGAGCGGGUCAGAGGAAGGGAAAAGAUUAAAAUGAGGAUGGCUCUAGCAAGUGUCAAGGACUUAGGAUGCAAAGUCCCAUGAAUGCCUCUCACAGAUUUAUGUAACCCUUAUGUGACAAAACAGAUGCAGUCAUUCAUCAUAAUAAAUAGAACAUGGGCAUCCUAGAACGUUUAAACUCUGGAGAGGUUGUGAUUGGAGAUGGAGGGUUUGUCUUUGCCCUGGAGAAGAGGGGCUAUGUGAAGGCAGGCCCAUGGACCCCAGAAGCUGCUGUGGAACACCCAGAAGCUGUUCGCCAGCUUCAUAGAGAGUUCCUCAGAGCUGGAUCGAAUGUCAUGCAGACCUUCACAUUUUAUGCCAGUGAAGACAAGCUGGAAAACAGAGGAAACUAUGUUGCUGAGAAGAUAUCAGGGCAGAAAGUCAAUGAAGCUGCUUGUGACAUUGCCCGACAAGUGGCUGAUGAGGGAGAUGCUUUGGUGGCAGGAGGAGUGAGUCAGACACCUUCGUAUCUUAGCUGCAAGAGUGAAACUGAAGUUAAAAAAGUAUUUCAGCAACAAUUAGAGGUCUUUAUGAAGAAGAACGUGGACUUCUUGAUUGCUGAGUAUUUUGAACAUGUUGAAGAAGCUGUGUGGGCAGUUGAAGCCUUGAAAUCAUCUGGGAAACCAGUGGCAGCGACCAUGUGCAUCGGCCCGGAGGGAGACCUGCAUGGAGUGCCCCCGGGCGAGUGUGCAGUUCGCCUGGUUAAAGCAGGAGCUUCCAUCAUCGGUGUGAACUGCCACUUUGACCCCACAAUUAGUUUGCAAACAGUGAAGCUCAUGAAAGAAGGCUUGGAGGCUGCCAGGUUGAAAGCCCACCUGAUGGCUCAGCCCUUGGCCUACCACACCCCUGACUGCAGCAAACAGGGAUUUAUUGAUCUUCCGGAAUUCCCCUUUGGACUGGAACCCAGAGUUGCAACCCGAUGGGAUAUUCAAAAAUAUGCCAGAGAGGCCUACAACCUGGGUGUCAGGUUUAUUGGGGGGUGCUGUGGAUUUGAGCCCUACCACAUCAGGGCCAUUGCAGAGGAGCUGGCCCCUGAAAGGGGAUUUUUGCCACCAGCUUCAGAAAAGCAUGGCAGCUGGGGAAGUGGUUUGGACAUGCAUACCAAACCUUGGAUUAGAGCCAGGGCCAGGAAGGAAUACUGGCAGAAUCUUAGGAUCGCCUCUGGCAGGCCAUACAACCCUUCAAUGUCAAAGCCAGAUGCCUGGGGAGUGACCAAAGGAACAGCUGAGCUGAUGCAGCAGAAAGAAGCCACAACUGAGCAGCAGCUGAGACAGCUCUUUGAAAAACAAAAAUUCAAAUCUUCACAGUAACCUCGGUAGAACCCAUUUCUACUGAAUUCCUCUAUGCUUGGACCACAGUUCCUAAAGAUAAGGAAAAGAUGGUUAAACAGCAAUGCUUGUUUAAUGCCAGCCUACACAUAAAAAUAUUAGCUGUACAAAAUAGAAUUGCACGUAGCACUUGAUAACUUUGAAAGUAUGUUUUAGAAGUUUACUUAGAAGCAAAAUAAAAAAAUAAAUCUUAAGCAGGUUUACUUAGCACCCAUUGUGCAGAAGGUAUUAAGGAAAUCUCUGUGACUAAGGAAAAGUAAUCCCUACAUUAAUCCUACUUCAAGAAGUUUGCAGGCUUGUAAGGAAGAUGAGACAUGAACUGAUAAUAAAUGACUCGCACCUGGACAGGGACAGAUAAAAUGCUAUGGGGAAGUGACGUCCAAACUCUUUUGAACAUGACCUUUAGUAAGAAACACAAUUUAUAUAAAUGACCCAGUAAAGCACAUUACCACAAACCUUUGAAAUAAAAUUGUGAUCCAUUCUCAUAUCUCUGGUAUCUUCUAUUCCAUUCCUUCCCAUUCCUAUUUUAUUACUAAAAUAUGCUAGUUGUGACAUUUCAAAUUGAUUUUGUGAACCAUUACUGGGUUUUGACUCACACUUUGAAAAGCACUGCCAUGGGACACUUUUUAAAAUUUAUUCUUAGAAAAUUGGAUAGGACCCAAUCUGUAAGUAUCCAAGCCCAGAGUGCAGCUCUCAGAAUUCCAGAGUUUUUCUCUUUCUUGAUCCAUUUUUUUACUACUAAGAAACAUACAGACCAACAGAGGGGGGUGAGCAGAUAUAAGUAUGUAGGCCUUCUACAUCCUGCUCAAAAUUGUACCCACCUAAAUGCCUCCCAUUGGUAAGACUGAGUAGUAGAAUAUGUGUUACUUUGGUAGCUUUGGGGGAAAAAAGUAGAAUAAAAAAAGAGAU